AUGGCUGCGAGAAAUGAGCGAGAACGACUUCUUACCGAGGCCUUGAACAACUUGGCGCGAGUUAUGGCCAAUCAGGGAGGCGGUGGAGGAGCAACUAUGUACCAUGGGUUAGAUCGCUUUCAGAGGAACAACCCACCUACUUUCAAAGGGGGUUAUGAUCCUGAGGGUGCUGAGGCUUGGCUGAGGGAGAUUGAGAAGAUCUUCCGGGUGAUGGAGUGUCAGGACCAUCAGAAGGUGUUGUUUGCUACUCACAUGCUAGCAGAUGAGGCGGAGUACUGGUGGGAGAACACUCGCCCACGUUUAGAGGGAGCAGGUGGUGUUGUUGUCCAAUGGGAGACUUUCAGACAAACUUUUCUGGAGAAGUAUUUUCCAGAAGAUGUGAAGAAUAGGAAGGAGAUGGAGUUUCUCGAGCUGAAAUAGGAAAGUAUGACGGUGGCAGAGUAUGCGGCGAGGUUUGAGAACCUUGUAAGGUAUUUUCCUCAUUAUCAGGGGGAAGCUGGGGAGAGGUCCAAAUGCGUGAAAUUUGUCAAUGGCCUUCGACCAGAAGUAAAAAUGAUGGUAAAUUAUCACGGUAUUCAUGACU